UCCAGUCGACAAAAGGGACCUCCGGGUACAGAGACCGGAAGACUUUUUAGUCGAGGAAAUAGAAUGAAAUUGGAUGGAAGACAGGAACUGAAGUCAACAGAACUCGAUAUGGAAACUUCUGGAAGUCACUAUGAGUUCUACAUUGGGUUGGUGCUCGCUGUUUCCUCUAGCAUAUUUAUUGGGAGCAGCUUUAUACUAAAAAAGAAGGGUCUGCUGAAACUGUGUGGUCGUGGGCAACUGAGAGCAGGUCAUGGUGGUCAUGCUUAUCUCCGGGAGUGGCUAUGGUGGGCUGGUCUCUUGUCUAUGGGAAUUGGAGAAGCUGCAAACUUUGCUGCGUACAUAUUUGCACCAGCCACAUUGGUGACCCCAUUGGGUGGACUGAGUGUUCUAGUAAGUGCUGUCCUCUCCUCCUAUUUCCUGAGUGAGAAGCUGACCUCUCCAGCUAAGACGGGUUGUGCUCUAAGUAUUGUGGGCUCUACAGUCAUGGUGCUUCAUGCCCCACAAGAGGAGGAAGUGUCCACGCUCAGUGACAUGGAGGAAAAGCUCCAACAACCAGGAUUUGUGGCCUUCGCCUCCUUGGUUGUCCUGCUCUCUCUUCUCCUUGCCUGUCUGGCAGCACCACGUUGGGGUCACAGUAAUGUAUUAGUGUAUGUGCUGAUCUGCUCCCUUGUGGGAUCCCUCUCAGUGGCCUGCGUGAAGGGGCUAGGUAUUGCUAUCAGAGGCAUAUUCUCAGGCAUUGCUGUGUUUAAGGACCCACUAGGGUGGCUGCUGUUUCUUUGCUUGUGCAUCUGCAUUAGCAUCCAGAUCCACUAUUUAAACAGGGCCCUGGAUGUGUUCACUACAUCUCUGGUAACCCCAAUCUACUAUGUGAUCUUCACUUCAUGUGUCCUUGCCUGUUCUGCUAUUUUGUUCCAGGAGUGGCGUCACCUGAGUGUAAGCAGUGUUGUGGGGACAGUUAGUGGAUUUGUUACCAUCGUUUUGGGCAUUUUCUUGCUUUAUGCAUACCGGGAGCUCCCCCUGCCCCUUACAUUACUUCCCCUAUACCUGAAACUGGAGGAUAAAAUUGACCUGAGAGAUAAAAAAGAAAGAUCCAGUCUCCAUGAGAGAGUGGGAGCAUCUGUUGGAUAAUCAGUAAAGGGGCCCUAUUAAUUUUAUUUACACUGACCAUGCGUCAUUUAGUCAAGUUUGACAAAGCAGGGGGAAAUAAACUUCAUGCGCUUUAAACUCUGUCUUCCUGUUGACAAAGCGUAGCAUAUACCUGCCUGGAGAGACAGAAACAGACAUUCCAUAUGACUGCGUAAGGAAAGAACUUAUGCACCAUAACUUCACCGGACACUGGAGCAUGCACAGUAAAGUGUUGGGAAAUAUCACAUUCUGCCUCCUGUCACUAAAGUGAGGCACAGUCUAAAAGUCCCAUAUGUCUCCUCUUUGUGCUGUGCCUUAUGUACAAAUACUUUACUGCUACAUUGUUGAAUUCAGACUUUCUGGUUAAAUUAAAAAUUUAAAGUUUUAUUUUCAA